GUUAUGCUUCCGAUUUGCAAUGCUGCAGGCUUCAAGAUUUAGCUGGCUAUGGAGUGGCCAUGGAGGUUGGGAAAGAAUACGAAAAGGCAUUCUCAGAUCGAGUAUUCAAAUCUACAUUAGUUGAACUUUUAGUUAAAAAUGGACGAAAUGGGAAAAACAAUGGGAAGGGAAUCUAUAUUUAUGAGAAGGGAAGCAAACCAAAGCCUGAUCCUUCUGUGUUGCCUAUUAUUGAGGAGUCUAGACGGCUUACAAAUAUUAUGCCCACUGGAAAGUUAAGUACUCUUGCCUCCAAAGUAUCUCUAUAAUCUAUAGGCAUUGAA